UCCGCCGCGCCGUCCGCCCCCCGCCGUUUCCAAGGCGACGGCGGCGGCGCGCGCGCCCCCAGUAACGGCCGAGGCCGCGCCCGGCGCCAUGGCGGCCGCCGGCAGCCCCGACGUGUUCCUGGUGGCGGUCAGCGGGGAGAUCGAGAGCGGGCAGUUUCCUGGGUUUGACGACCUCUACUGCAAAUUCUGCUUCGUCUAUGGCCAAGACUGGGUUCCCACUGCUGGCCUGGAGGAGGGCAUCUCCCAGAUCACCUCCAAGAGCGAUGAAAACUCCACACUCGUCUGGAACUUCCCCAUCGACAUUACCUUCAAGAGCACCAACCCGUCCGGCUGGCCACAGAUUGUCGUAAGCGUCUAUGGACCGGACUUUUUUGGAAACGACGUGGUCAGAGGCUACGGGGCUGUUCAUGUUCCCAUCGUACCUGGAAGGCAUAUAAGAACCAUUCCUAUGUUUGUUCCAGAGUCUACAUCUAGGCUGCAGAAGUUUACAAGUUGGUUCACGGGGAGACGUCCAGAAUUUACUGACCCAAGAGUGGUAGCACAGGGAGAAGGAAGAGAAGUAACAAGAGUGCGAUCUCAAGGCUUUGUGACCAUUUCCUUCAAUGUCAUGACCAAAGACAUGAAGAGGCUGGGCUAUGAGGUGACCCCAAGUGACAUGGAGAACCACUCUCUGGUGUCUGUUACAGAAGGGAUUCAUGACUAUUAAACUCAGGAGUGAGAUGUUCAGAGACCCACACAGAAGAUAGGCAAUUUGGGAGCUUUUUUUGCAAAUGGAAGUGAGUAUCUGACUAACCUGAGAAAAUUUCACCUGAGACAUGGGCACAAGCCCGUGAGGCUUUGGAAUAAUUUCCUAAGUAUAAUCCUUUCCAUAAGCAUACAGGUUGAAAAAAUACAUAAAUUGGUGUCAUCGGAUAGUAUUUAGCAUUUUUGUGUAAUAUUAGGCUAAUAUCAAGAUAUGAGAUCUAUUUUAUAUAAAAGUAUUUUCUAGCAGCCUUUUGUACACUCUUUUUAUAUAAAAAGAAUAGGAAAGUUUAUCUUUGUAAUUGUUUUCCUGUGUUUAAAACAUCAGUGCAAACCCAAUACUGUUUACUAAUGUUUUUUCUGGUAGAAAUGAAAAAUUAAAAUGCUCACACUUUCCAAAAACGAGGGACUGUGGCAAUGUUCCAGUGAAACACGCAGGUGCUUUUCUCUGCCAUGCACUUCUCUGCAAAAGCAACCACAGCUUUCCAUCAUAAUCCCAUAUCGUCCUUCAGAGUUUGUGCAGCUAAAUAAAAUAGUUCAUGCACUGUAGAAACAAACUCUUCCAAGUUUUUCAGUGAAGCAACCUGGGCUUUUGCAUUUAAAACAAGAUGAUGACUCUUCUAGUUCCAGAGUUUAUUUCUGAAUCAAGCUUCAAGGGAAAGAAUAGGAGAGCAGUUUAUUUUAGAAGAGUUACAGAGAGCAUGGGGUUAAAUAUAUCCUUGCAGUAGGCUUUUAAAAUUUGAUUUGUUCCCUCAGAAGUUAAGUGCAGAUAUCGACUAAAAAAUAAACCUUACAGAAGGAUCUGAAAAGAAACUACACAAAGUUAUAGUAAAGCACCUGUCUGUACAGUCAUUAGCAGUUUUUGGACCCAAAUCAUGUUAAUUAUCCGAGACACUUUGCCCUAGAAGACAGUCAGAAGCAGAAGAAAGGCCCACAUCUCCUAAAUAGUUUCUCUUCUGCUGUCAUACCAUGCCUUUCACUGAAUCCUCUUCUAAGUUAAUAUUAGUGCUCUUCUUUUAGGCUGAAUAAAACCAAGUGUCUAAAUA